ACUUAUUCAUGCUUCAAAAAACCAUUAAGAUGGUUUAACGAUAUUUCAACCCCGAUUAAUUAUAAUUCAGACAUUAAUAGUCGUGGAGCAUUGGCAAAAGAUUCUGAACCCUGUCGAUAUAAUAAAGACCUUCAUUAUAG